GUAGUCUUCUUUGGCCGCAAAGCCUUGUGGGUAGGUUGUCAACGUCCUUGUCCACCAAGCGCACACGGACUGGGGACUUGAGGAUUUCUGCGGUUCACGUACUCGUGGUUCAAGUCGGAAAAUAUCCAACAUGAUGGCAGCAAGGUUUCUCCGCCGUUCUCUCCCCGUGCUGAGGCAAGCGCGCUGCUACGCUGAGGCUGCCUCUGGUGCCCCGCAGAUGUCCUUCACUUUCGCCUCCCCAACACAGGUGUUCUUCAAAGAGGCAAGCGUAAAGCAGGUGGAUGUACCCACACUCACUGGAGCAUUUGGUAUACUGCCUGCCCAUGUGCCGACAUUGCAAGUGCUCCGGCCCGGCGUCGUCACGGUCUUUAACGAUGACGGCUCUGCAGCUAAAUACUUCGUGAGCAGUGGGUCUGUAACAGUCAACGCCGAUUCUUCAGUGCAGCUGCUAGCUGAGGAGGCUGUGCCUCUGGACCAGCUGGAUAUUACUGCUGCCAAGGCGGGUCUGGAGAAAGCCCAGGCUGACCUGGCCGGCACAUCCGACGAGGUGGCGAGAGCAGAGGUCCAAAUCAGCAUAGACGCUCAUGAAGCCAUCGUCAAAGCGUUGGAGUAGACCUCCCCCGUGGUCAUUUUCGCUCUUAUUUUUGAUGGAACAUCCUUUCGGCAUCUCCAGCUGUCCUGUGGAUUCCAUGCUUGCUUUGUACAGUGGACAAAUAAACAAAAUAAAUUUAUUUGGAAUUA